AUGUCAAACGAUUCAAAGCUUCUUGUAAAUGCAACGUACGGCCUGUGCCUGGUAGAGGGACAUAACCUACAACCUAUGGAAGACAAUGCUGUUGCAGAGAUUAGGAAGAUGGACACGGAAACUGCAGUGAGAGAAGGAUACCGUAUCACUGAAACUAGACUUAUGGAGAAAUCAAACGAAUUUGGUUUCAGUGGGAAAUCAUCUUCAACUGCAGUUACGGAAAUAUUAAUGAACUGCAAAGGUCAAUCCUCUAAACCGAUGGUAGCCAAUGUUGGGGAUUCCAGGGCUGUUAUUUGUUGCAAGAAUGGUAUGGCUAAACAAUUGUCCAUUGAUCAUAACCCAACCAACAAAACGGAAAGAAAAGAAAUUAAGAAGAGAGGUGGAUUCAUAGCAAAACUUCCAGCGGGUUAUGUUCCACGUGUUAAUGCGCUUGUACCGCUAACGAGAGCGUUUGGUGUUAAGUUCUUGAAGAAAUAUAUAAGUUGUGAACCUAAUAUGGUGGUGGAAGCGCCACCCUUACCAAUAGCUACUGUGUCGGGAUAA